AUGGAGACUGGGAAGUGCUCUGGCACAGACUUGCACGCAAAACUGCUACAGCUCCAAAGGACGCUGGAGGCGGUUAAGGGAAAACGCAGAGGAGAGGACUACAAAAGGUUGGUGGAAACUUUUCUGGAGGAGUCCUCCAUUCCGGCGCCGGUACUUUCUGCGAGCGGGCGCCGGAACAAGGACCGCUCUGGAGUAGGGCAGUCCCCGGGUGCUCAGGAUGAGUGCACCUCUGCAGACAUGCCGCCCGCUGAUGAGCCCUAUACCGCGAUUAGGGCUUCAAUCAGUCCUAACGCAGAGCAGGUGCUGUCUAAGUUCCUGCUCCUUUGGGUAGCUGAAAAACGGCGCAAGCGAUGCAAGCUGAGAGCAAGGGCCGCGAGGCGUCUCCACCUAUACGGAAUUGACGGG